AUGGAUUGUAGUAGAAAGACAAAUACAUUAACCUAUACAAAUGAAAGUGAUAAAGAAAAAAGUAGUUUAAGAAAAAGUAAUCAACUAUCUACUUUAAAUGAUUUUGGAAAAAAUUUAAGAAAUGGAUUAACAUUAGAUUUUGCACCAGAAAAAAUAAAAAAUGAUUCUAUAGGAGAAUGUUGUUCAUUGGAUUUGUUUGAAAAUCCAACAUUAUUAGCUAGCUUAUUUGCAUCACCAAAAAAAUUACUAGAAACCCCUAUUGGAACAAAUGAUGAUGCAAAAAAAUUUGCUCAAGGAUUUUUAGAAAAAUUAUCGAAAAUUCAAAAAGAACAUAAUUUUACACCAACAGAUUAUCAUCCGUCGCCAACAUUUAUAUCAUUAAUACACCAAAUACCUGAUACACCAGUUGAAGAGUUAAAAAGACGUAUAGCAUCAUCUAAUGAAUUUAUCAUAAAUAGUAAUAAUGAUUAUCAAAAUAAACUUGCUAAUAACAAUCAAACAAUUAAAAAUCUUGAAGAACAAAUUAAUGAAGCUAUUUUAAAAUCAACCAAUAGUAGCAAUAAUAAUAGUAGUGAAAAUAAAAUACUUCAAUCAACCAAUGAAAUAUUAUCUCCAACAAAUACCUCUCCUACUUUAUCAUCGAGUUCAAAUGAUGAUUUAGAUUUAACAAAAAAUAAAAUUUUAUCUGAUACUGUUUUAAAAAAUAUAAAUGAUAUUAAUGGAAUAUCAAAAAAUGCUAGUAUAUCAUCAAAUGAAUUGAUAAAAAAUCCUAUUUAUAGACCAUCAACAUUUGAACCUCUUCAAAGUAGACAAGUCUUACAAACAUGUAUAUCAAAUUCAUCAAUUUCUACUCCUAUGUCAAAUCUUCUAUUAAAUACUCCUGUUAAAACACCUACAAAUGUAGAAACAACAUUAAAUAGUUUGACACCAGUUGAAACAUUACGACAAUAUAUAACAAGAGAAAUUGAUAAACAAAAUGUUCUUAAAAAAGCAAUAUCAAGCACCUCACCUAUAAAUAAUAAUAUUAUACCUUCAUUCCUUGAAAAUAUCCCAAAAUCAGAAGCUAGCGUAAAUAUAUAUGAUCAAAUGAAAACUUACCUAUCAGUAACAAAUAAUGAUACAGAAAAAAAUAACUUAUCAAAGCAUGUUAUACCUGUGAAUCAUCCUCAGCAAUCUGAUGCAGAAUUGACUCUCUUAAAAAACAUUUGUAAGCAGAUGCAAGACAAUCAAAAUCUUCAUGAAUCAAACCUUCAUCAUUCAGGACAACAUAACCUUCACCACGGAUUACACACCCUGGCUAAUAGUAGCAAUAUGAUAAAUAAUAAUUCAAUUUCUGCCAAUAAUUCUAUGAAUUUUUCACAAGCUUCUCCAAUAAAUCCGCAAUUUAUGUAUAAUUCAUUUUAUCAAGUUUCAUCAGCAACCAAUCAUAAUCCAUUUAAUAUGGCAUCCUUAAAUAGUGGUGAUAUAAAUAUGUUUAGUAAUAUUAAACAAUCGGAUAUGAUUAAUAAUCAAAAAGAUUAUACAAGUUUAAAUUCUGUUGGUAAAAAUAGUAUUCUUUCACCAACAAUGAAUUCAUUACCACAAGCCAUAAUAGAUCCUCUUCAACAUGGAACACAUUUAAUGACUUUAAAUUGUAUUCCAAAUCAAACAAUGAAUCCUUUUGUUAAUUCAACUCAGGGUGACACUGAUAAUGAUGGAAAUAAUAGAGUAUAUAAUUCAGGGUACGAUCAAGAAGAUCAAGAUUUAAAAAAACUUGAAAGAAAACGUGCUCGAAAUCGCCUAGCAGCAACUAGAUGUCGUCAACGUAAAUUAGAUAGAAUAAAUCAACUUGAAAAUGAAGUAGCUACUGAAAGAAAAAAAUAUGAUGAUUUAUAUAAACAAUAUACAUCAUUACAGGAAACAGUUAAUGAUUUGAAAUCAAAAUUAGAACAACAUCGUACUCAUGGAUGUACUAUACAAUUUCUUGGAGAGUAA